UCUUAGUCUCUCGCCUCGAUGGUAUAUAUUUCAAGGAGGCAGCCUCGGCACCGGGAACUAGGGUUUCAGGUUUAGGCUUCUGUGGGAGCACCGGCAGAUGCUGAAUUCGAUUUUUCUCGUUCUCAGCUUUUGAUUUCAAAGCUUGCAUUACGAUGAAAUCAAUUGAUGAUAAAUUCAUGUUCGAUGUUUGGAUGUAUUAGCGGUUUGAUGUGUAGUUCGAUGGUCAAAGAGACAUCUUGCACGUAUAUGAUGCGGCAGACUAUGCGUAGAAUAAUGGAGAAGGAGCUUGUUGAUCUUUUUGAGUCUGUGGAGAGGGCUGCAGCUGCAGCUCUGAAUUCACCCGAGGAUGAGGAUAGGUGCCUUGAUGCAUUUGAGUGUCUCAAGAAGUUUCCGGUCACUUAUAAAAUCUUGCGAUCCACACAGGUUGGAAAACGCAUCCGCCAGUUAACCAAACACAGAAGUGACAAAAUAAAGACACUGGCCUCCAGUGUGUUUAAGAUGUGGAAGGAUAUUGUAAUUGAGGAAACAUCAAAAAACUCCAACAGUACUGCAGAUGAUGCUGAUUCAGUGAAACCCAAGUCUGCCAGUAAGGAGACGAGCGAGGCCAGGAGCAUUAAAAGAACAAACUCUAUUAAGCCUGAACAGGAUUCUUCAAAGAAACCUAAGAUUGAUGGAACCAAUCAUUCUACUACACCAAAUUCGAACAAAUCCAUGAAGCUGGGAACCUCCUUGAGCGUCAAAACUGAGAAAGCUGAAGCAGAGAAGCCAAGGCCCAUGUCGCAAAAACCAGAGAAAGUUGAAUCAGAGAGGCCAAGAUCCAUGGCACAAAAACCAGAGAAAGUUGAAGCUGAGAAGCCAAGACCCAUGGCGCAAAAACCAGCCCCGGCCUCAAAUCCCGGAGGCCCGCCAAAACUGACUUCCCUUGUUUACUGCAAAGAUCCAUUGCGCGACAAAGUCCGUGAAAUUCUUGCUGAAUCCUUGUGCAAAGUCUCUACUGAGGUUGAAGAUGCCGACGACCAUGUGAAACGCCAGGUGAAUGGAUCUGAUCCUUACCGGGUGGCUGUUCUCGUGGAGACUGCCAUGUUCGAUAAGUGGGGCAAGUCCAACGGUACCCAUAAAUUCAAAUACCGGUCUAUAAUGUUCAACAUUAAGGAUGCCAACAACCCGGACUUCCGGCGAAGAGUUCUAGUGGGGGAGAUCGAGGCGCGCCACAUUCCUGAGCUUACGCCAGAACAGAUGGCGAGCAACGCCAGGCAAGCUCAGAACGAGAAGCUGAAGCAGAAGGCAUUGUUCAACAGCGAGCGCGCGGCAGCACCAAAGGCGAGCACGAACGAGUUCACCUGCGGGAGGUGCAAGAAGAAGGAAUGCACGUACUACCAGAUGCAGACUAGGAGCGCAGAUGAGCCGAUGACAACGUAUGUCACGUGUGUCAACUGUGGCAACCAUUGGAAGUUCUGUUAGAAGGAGACUACUGGGUCGGGUCGGGUAAGUCUCACUGUACUGUGGAGCUGCUGCUGCUGCUGCUGUUGCUGUUACAUUAUUUUUAGUGGUACUAUUACUUUUAGGUUGCCAUAAUCACAGCACUGUUGAUCUUCUUCAGAUUCUGAUCUUACCUCACAUUUGUUGUAGAAUUGAAGUCUCUCUCUCUCUCUCUCUCUCUCUCUCUCUCUCUCUCUCGCUCAGAUUCUGUGACUGUUUUUUGCGUUGUGCAUUCUUGUCAUAGCCCUCAAUUUUAUAUAGUUAAUUGUGGCUGCCUGCCUCCAUUAACAUUUAUGUACUUUGCCUGUCCAAAGUAUCAAGAUCUUGGAUAGGGGUAAGUUCAAGUGGCUUAUGUAUUUUUAGGCUUCCUGUUCA